UGUGAUUUUCUGUGGCUGCAGGUUCUCAGGUAAUAAAGCUAAGGCUGUAAUUUAUGACAGCUCAUCAGAAAGAUUUAAAUGGAGAUUUAGAGGAAGAGUCGUUCUUGCUGUGGGUUGAGCUGCAGAUCCAACACCACACUGAUUCUCCCAGCCUGAACAUGACUGUUUCAUACUCUCUUGAAGUGGCCAACGCCAGGUUUCAUGGCUUCUCCAGGUUACUGUUAAGGUGGAAGGGAAGCAUCUACAAGCUGAUGUAUAAGGAGUUCCUGGUUUUCUGUGCAGUCUACCUUUUCUUUAGUGUGUUUUAUAGGGUCCUCCUCACACCGAAGCAGCAGGAUCUGUUUGAGCGUGUCGCCCUUUACUGUGAUCAGUUCACCAACACUAACUUCAUCCCUGUCCUGUUUGUUCUUGGUUUCUAUGUGAAUCAGGCCUUCACCCGUUGGUGGGGUCAGUACACCAGUUUCCCUCUGCCAGAUAACCUGAUGAUGGUGGUGUCAGGAAAUGUGCACGGUGCUGAUGAGAGGGGUCGUCUGCUGCGACGGACCCUUAUGAGAUACGCCAACUUAUCCUCAGUUCUGAUUCUGCGCUCAAUCAGCACCAGAGUCCGUAAACGUUUCCCGACCUUGGAGCACGUCGUGGAGGCAGGAUUCAUGACGGCACACGAGCUGAAGAAUUUUGAGUCUCUGCACUCAGAUUUUAACAAGUACUGGAUGCCCCUGACCUGGUUCUCUAACCUGGCAGCCCAAGCCAGACAGGAAGGCCGGGUCAGGGACGACAUCGCCCUCAGGCUGCUGAUGGAUGAGCUCAAUAACUACCGAGCCAAGUGUAGUCUGCUGUUCCACUACGACUGGAUCAGCAUCCCUCUGGUCUACACUCAGGUGGUAACCAUCGCAGUUUACUCAUUCUUCGCCUUCUGCGUAAUUGGCCGGCAGUUUUUGAACCCUGAGAAGGGCUACGGCAGUCACAGAUUUGACAUGUAUGUUCCUGUUUUCACGCUGCUGCAGUUCUUCUUCUACACCGGCUGGCUAAAGGUAGGAGAGCUCAUUAUCAACCCCUUUGGUGAAGAUGAUGAUGACUUUGAAACCAACCAGCUGAUUGACCGAAACAUUCAGGUGUCUAUGCUGGCUGUGGAUGACAUGUACCAGAACCUGGCUCCCAUUGUAAAGGACAAGCACUGGAAGAAUGGCGUCUUCUCUGUCCCUUACACCCAGUCAACGGCAGCUGAAACACUCAGACCAGCAUUCAAAGGCUCCACUUUUGAUAUGAGGAUGAGCGCUGAAGAUCUUGAGAUUCAUCAGCCAACAGAUGUGCCGGUGACCAAACAGUAUUUGGUGCAGGACUCCAUGGCUGAUGGACGUUACAAUUUCAUGCAGAAAAGUGAAGGAAUCCUGCGCAGCGAGAGCCUUCCUUAUCUCAUGGAAGUGCUGACUCAUCAUAAUGAAGAAGAUAAAGCUGAUGAAGCUGGCCCAGAUGCAGCUACUUAGAAAGAAUAACAAAAGUCUUCUUAAACCUGCUAUUUAACUCUAUA